AUGAAAGGCUUGACGCUAUUUGGUACAAGACUGCCAUACCUUAAAUACGUGGCUGUUGUAUUGACAGUUUUGGUGGUAUAUACUCUUACCCAUGGUGCUACACUGUAUACAAAUAUCAAUCAAGAAGUACAGCAACUGAGACAGCAAGAACAGAAGGCAGGUAGUGAUAAAGCAGCCACUGAAAAGGUCCAAGUUCCUGAAGAACUAAAACAUGAACCAGCACCAAAAUCCAAAGCUAGUUUAGAAGAUAUACAAAAAUUUCAAGAAGAAGUGUUACUGGGUAAAGAAGGUGGUGGAAAUGCAGCGGAUGCACUUAGUGAGGAAGAGAGGAAAGCAGCUGCGGAAGAAGUUAAAGAAUGGGCAGCCAAGUAUCAAAAGGGACAGGUUGCACUUCAAGAUAAGCCCAAAGAAAACAUAGCAGAUAACCAACAAGAUAAGCCAAAAGAUCAACUAACACAAGCUCCUCCUCCUUCUUCUAACGAGAAAGUAAGUGCGACGUUUGUUACACUUGCGAGAAACUCGGAAUUAUACGAUUUAAUUAAAUCAAUUCGAGUAGUUGAAGAUCGUUUCAAUCGUAAAUACAAUUACGAUUGGGUUUUCCUCAAUGAUGAAGAAUUUACUCAAGAAUUUAAGGAUUUAACCACAGCUAUUGUGUCGGGAACCACCAAAUAUGGUAAAAUCCCCAAAGAGCAUUGGUCGUACCCUAAUUGGAUCGAUUUGGAAAAAGCUGCUGCAUCACGUAAACAAAUGAAACAAGAUAAGAUCAUAUAUGGAGAUUCUGAAUCAUAUAGACACAUGUGUCGAUUUGAGUCUGGUUUCUUUUGGAGAAAUCCAUUGUUGGAUGAAUAUGAAUGGUAUUGGAGAGUUGAACCUGGUAUUGAAAUUAAUUGUGAUUUGAAUUAUGAUUUGUUUAAAUAUAUGCAAGAUAAUGAGAAAGUUUAUGGGUUUACAAUCUCAAUUCAUGAAUUUGAGAAAACUAUUCCUACGUUGUGGCAACAUACUAAGGAUUUUAUUGAAAAGAACCCCCAGUAUGUAGCUAAUGACAAUUUCCUUGAUUUUAUUAGUGAUGAUGGUGGUAAAACUUACAAUUUAUGCCAUUUCUGGUCGAAUUUUGAAAUUGCCAACUUGAAUUUCUGGAGAAGUGAAGCAUACUCCGCCUAUUUCGACUACUUGGAUUCCACCGGUGGGUUCUUUUAUGAAAGAUGGGGUGACGCACCAGUACAUUCUAUCGCUGCCGCUUUGUUUUUACCUAAAUCCAAAAUCCAUUAUUUUGAAGAUGUCGGAUAUAGACAUCAUGUAUACGGACAAUGUCCAUUGAAUCCCCAAUUUAGGUAUGAGCAUAAAUGCUCUUGUGAUCCAGAAAAAGAUUUUACGUUUAGAGGAUAUUCUUGUGGUAAGAAAUAUUAUGAUAAGAUGGGAUUGACUAAACCUGCUGAAUGGCAACAGUACCAAUAA